AUGGUCGGGUACUGGGAGCACUCGCUGAAGAACCUGUCUAGCCAGCAGCGCACCAUUUUCACCGUUUUCGCAAUCCUGGUGAUGGUGAUUGCCGUUUUCGGCAACGUGGUCACGAUCAUCACGAACGUGCGCCGCGAGCAGCGCCAUUUGUUUCGCGUCUGUCUGCUGUCGCUGGCGUUCUCCGACAUUGCGUUCGUUACCGUCACAUCGAUCGUCUAUCUGUCGCAGUUUAAUACGGAAUUUAACUCCCUCUGGACACUCGGCGAGAUGAUGUGCACGUUCUCACCGUUCGUGCAGACGGUGGCCGUUCUCGUGAACAGCAUCACCUUGGUGGCGAUCGCUCUGGACCGGUACAUGGCGCUGCUGAGGCUUGCGAAAGGCUCCUGGGAACCGAGCGGGUGGUUCUGUUUCACCUGCGCCGUCCUCAUCUGGGGCCUGGGGGCCGGCAUUUCCAGCCCGAUGCUGACACUGUACCAGGUGUUUGACAUCAUCGUCCUCACCGCGGACUCGGCGGCGGCGGUGACCCAACCGAACCCACCGACCAUCAGCGGGUACUACCUGGCGGAGAUUUGCGCCACGGACAAGAGCAAAAACAGCUACUACUUUGCGAUCGUGUUCGCGGUCAUCUUCGUGCCGCUCCUGUGCGCCUUCUGCUGGCUAAACGGGGUCAUUGCGAAGGAGUUCUGGAAGCGCCGCAAUCCGGUUGCCGCGAAGCGCCCGAAGCCGACGUCGACCUCCGGGGGAACGGAACGGAACACCACGGUCACUACCAACACGGCCGUAGAACGGCGCAGCCCGGCCCCGGCAGCUUUGCUAGCCUCGAAAUGUACCUGUCCCCAUCACCAAGUCGGUCGGUCCGGGCUGCCGGCCAACGGCCAACCACGGGGCGCGGAAACAGAUCGCUCGGGGGAGCAGAAAAACGAGAACACCCUGAACCGCCGGAAGCGGCAACUCCGGAUGUUCAAAGCGAUCGUCGUGCUGAUGCUGGUGUUUUUUGUGUGCCGGCUGCCGAUGUGGAUCUUUCUGCUCAUCAAAAUGAUGGGCGACGCCAGCUCGAACGCCUUCUGGAGUCUGCACUACUCGUUUGGGCUGUUGGCGAUGCUGAACGGAGUGCUGAACCCGCUGAUGUACACGUUCCUGAGCGAAACGAUUCGCUUCACGCUGUUCGUCAAGGCUUACUGUGUGCGGGUUUGGAUGAAACCAUGUCUCGGCGGCAGGGGGAGCACGGCGUCGGCGUCGGCGGCCCGUCGAGCCGGGGCAAAGGAACGGGACAGUAACGAGGAUUCCGGGCUUCCGGGAGAUGCCGAUGGCGGUAUCUAUAUGGGGUGA